GUUUGCUUGAGCUCGUGUCGUUUCGCCGGCGCCAGCGGCAGUGUAGUAAUUUUCUGUUCAAAACAAGCGAAGGUUUCCUGACCUGCCGCAUCGCCGCCGCGGUAUCUAUAUGAAGAUGGACGUUUGAAAGCGUUUGCUUGAUUAAAAUCCUGGUUUUUCUACUGAUAAAAAAGCAAUCCAUCGUUCAGGAUGUUUUUGUACAAUCUAACGUUGCAAAAAGCAACGGCGAUUACACACGCCAUCCAUGGCAACUUCUCCGGUGAUAAACUACAGGAGAUUGUGAUCUCUCGGGGCAAGUGUAUUGAAUUGCUCCGGCCAGAUCCGAACACAGGCAAAGUACACACAUUACUCAGCGUUGAAAUUUUCGGUAUUAUAAGAUCUCUCGUCGCGUUUAGGCUCACCGGUGGCACGAAAGAUUACAUUAUCGUCGGCUCGGACUCCGGCCGCCUGGUCGUUCUCGAAUAUAUGCCUGUGAAGAAUAUUUUUGAAAAAGUACAUCAAGAGACAUUUGGCAAAUCUGGCUGCCGUCGUAUUGUACCCGGCCAAUAUUUGGCCGUGGAUCCAAAAGGUCGCGCUGGCAUGAUUGCUGCGAUUGAGAAACAAAAGCUUGUUUUUAUUUUCCAUCGGAGUCCGGAAGUAAAGCUGACGAUUUCAUCCCCACUGGAAGCCCACAAAAGCAACACUCUGGUCUAUCACAUGGUCGCCGUUGAUGUCGACUACAGCAAUCCUAUGUUUGCAUGCCUGGAAAUUGAUUACGAGGAUGCCGAUGCUGAUCCUACCGGCGAAGCCGCACAGAAAACUCAACAGACGCUGACUUUUUAUGAGUUGGAUUUGGGUUUGAAUCACGUCGUGCGAAAAUAUUCUGAACCCCUUGAAGAGCACGCCAAUUUUUUGGUGUCUGUGCCUGGAGGGCGAGAUGGUCCUUCGGGAGUUCUCAUUUGUUCUGAAAAUUAUUUGACUUAUAAGAACCUUGGAGAUCAAAUGGACAUUCGUUGUCCAAUUCCAAGAAGGAGAAAUGAUCUAGAUGAUCCCGAACGAGGAAUGAUUUUUGUUUGCUCAGCCACCCACAAAACAAAAUCAAUGUUUUUCUUUCUGGCACAAACUGAACAGGGCGAUAUAUUCAAGAUUACCUUAGACACUGUUGGGGAAGUCGUCACAGCAAUCAAGCUCAAGUAUUUUGACACUGUACCGGUGGCAACGGCGAUGUGCGUUCUGAAGACUGGAUUCCUCUUUGUCGCGUGCGAAUUUGGCAACCAUUAUCUAUAUCAAAUUGCUCAUUUGGGUGACGAUGACGAUGAACUGGAAUUCAGCUCUGAGAUGCCAUUGGAAGAGGGUGACACCUUCUUCUUUGCCCCACGCUCACUUCGAAACUUGGUACUCGUUGAUGAACUGGAGUCGUUAUCGCCAAUUCUGUCCGCAAAAGUCGCCGAUCUUGCUGGCGAAGACACGCCUCAGUUUUACAUGGCUUGCGGAAGGGGUCCAAGAAGCUCUAUGAGAGUACUGCGGCAUGGGUUGGAGGUUUCGGAGAUGGCUGUUUCCGAACUUCCCGGUAAUCCUGACGCUGUGUGGACCGUCAAGAAAAAAUCUGAUGAUAAAUAUGAUGCCUACAUCAUCGUGUCCUUCGUCAAUGCUACCUUGGUGCUCUCCAUUGGUGAAACCGUUGAGGAAGUAACUGACAGUGGUUUUCUCGGCACCACCCCAACGCUCUGUUGCGCGUCAUUUGCUGAUAAUGGUUUGGUACAAAUUUUCCCCGAAGGUAUUCGACACAUUUGGGCAUCCGGACGUGUGCGAGAUUGGAAAGCCCCCGGAAAAACACACAUCGUUCGCUGUGCCGUCAACCAACGCCAAGUUGUCAUCGCGCUUACCGGCGGAGAACUCGUCUACUUUGAAAUGAAUAAAGACGGUAAACUGCAUGAUUACGAAAAGACACAACGGAUGAGUUCCGACGUGGUCUGUAUGGCACUUCCGAAUGUACCGGCCGGUGAACAGCGCUCAUGGUUCCUAGCCAUCGGUCUAGCUGACAAUACAGUGCGAAUUAUUUCACUCGAUCCCAGCGAUUGUUUAUCGUCGCGAUCAAUGCAAGUUCUGCCUGUUUGCGCUGAGAGCUUAUGCAUCGUAGAAAUGGGAUGCGCUGAACGAGAUCAGGAAGAUGCGGCUUCUGCGAGUACGACGACUUCAUUAUAUUUGAACAUUGGUCUACAAAACGGGGCGUUAUUGAGAGCUGUUCUGGAUCCGGUAUCGGGAAAUUUGACUGAUACUAGAACACGAUACUUGGGCUUACGGCCGGUGAAGUUGUUCAGGAUUCGUAUGCAAAACUCAGAGGCCGUAUUAGCGAUGACUAGUAGAUCAUGGUUGAGCUAUUAUUACCAGAGUCGCUUCUACCUCACGCCGUUGUCAUACGAAAGUUUGGAAUACGCCUCUGGUUUUAGCUCGGAACAAUGUCCAGAAGGAAUUGUCGCAAUUUCAACGAACACACUGCGUAUUCUUGCGCUGGAAAAACUGGGCGCCGUAUUCAACCAGGUUUCAUUUCCCUUGGAAUACACUCCCCGACAGUUUGUCGUCCAUCCUGAAACAUCUAAUAUUCUAAUUCUUGAGACUGAACACAAUGCUUACACCGAAGAAACCAAAAAGCAGCGAAGACAGCAAAUGGCCGAGGAAAUGCGCGAAGCUGCGGGCGAAGAAGAGCAAGAGUUGGCACGGGAGAUGGCUGAUGCAUUCCUUAACGAAGAUUUACCAGAGAAUAUCUUCUCGGCUCCGAAAGCUGGACAUGGGAUGUGGGCAUCAACGGUGCGACUCAUGGAUCCCGUUAUGGGCGUGACACAUCAACAACACAGAUUAGUACAAAAUGAGGCUGCAAUGUCAAUUGCCCUCGUAAAAUUCCACAAUUCCGUAGACACAUGGUAUUUGAUCGUUGGUGUUGCGAAAGAUCUGCAGCUAAACCCUCGACAAUGCAGUCAAGGCUUCUUGGACACUUAUCGGUUGGAUCCACACUGCAGAAAUAUUGAACUUUUGCACAGGACUCCUGUGGAUGAAGUACCCUACGCAGUUUGUGCGUACAAUGGUCGUUUAUUAGCUGGUGUAGGGAGGAUGUUGCGCAUGUACGAUAUGGGCAAGAAGAAACUUCUGAGAAAAUGCGAAAAUAAGCACAUUCCAAAUUUGAUUGUCAGCAUUCAAGCGAUGGGUAAGCGAAUCUACGUUGCGGACGUACAGGAGUCUGUAUACAUGGUACGCUAUAAACGUGCCGAAAAUCAACUGAUCAUAUUUGCCGACGACACUCAUCCCCGCUGGAUUACAUGCACGUCUGUGCUAGAUUAUGAGACUGUCGCUACCGCUGAUAAGUUUGGUAACAUUUCGAUUGUUCGCUUACCACCGAAUAUCAGCGACGAUGUUGACGAAGAUCCUACGGGAAAUAAGUCGCUUUGGGACAGGGGAUUGCUAAACGGCGCUUCGCAAAAAGCAGACACCGUAGCGACUUUCCACGUGGGAGAAACUGUCACAUCCUUGCAGAAAACCACGUUGAUUCCUCCCGGAGGCUGGGAGUCUCUUGUUUACACGACAAUUAGCGGUUCUGUCGGUGUAUUUGUGCCGUUUACUUCUCAUGAAGAUCACGACUUCUUUCAACAUUUGGAAAUGCAUAUGCGAAGCGAGAAUGCGCCGCUUUGUGGACGAGACCACCUUUCGUUUAGGAGUUACUAUUUUCCUGUUAAGAAUGUCAUUGAUGGAGAUCUUUGUGAACAGUACAAUUCGAUGGAGCCAGCAAAGCAGAAAUCUCUUGCAAUCGACUUGGAACGAACUCCAGCUGAAGUCUCCAAGAAACUUGAGGACAUUCGUCGCCGAUAUGCGUUUUAGUUUUUUACCAUUUUGUAUUUAUUGUGAUUAUUGUAAUGAUUUGCGAUACCUUUUCUAGAAAUAAAUUUCAAUAAUUUGUUGAAAAA